CUUAAAAGUAUUAUUGCAUUGCAGCUCUGAAGAUGGGAACCAUGUGGGAUAUGGUGAAGCCAGCUUUGUUAAUGGUUUCAGUGCAAAUUGUGUUUUCAGCUUGCAAUGUUUUUUACAAACUUGCCAUUUUUGAUGGUAUGAGUACCAUUGUCAUUACAGCCUAUCGUCUCGCCUUUGCUUCCAUUACAACUAUUCCUUUUGCUCUUAUUUUUGAAAGGAAAAGGCCGAAGAUGACAUGGAGGCUGUUUUUCCUCUUACUUCUAAGUGGAUUAUUUAAUGGAUUAUUAUAUCAAAAUUUGUUCUUUGGAGCUCUGGUUAUGGCGUCAGCAACUCUUGUAUCAGCUAUCUACAAUCUUAUUCCCUCCAUCACCUUUGUCUUGGCCGUAUCAUUUAGCUUGGAGAAAUUAAAUUGGAGAGCACCAAGCGGAAUAGCAAAGGUAACAGGAACUAUACUUGGACUUGCAGGGGCUCUACUUCUCACAUUUUACAAAGGAGUUGAAUUUGAAAUUUGGCCUUUUCAAAUCAACCUUUUGGAUCCAACAAAUAACGAAUUAGGACCUAUCACCGAAGCUACCUCUGAAUUGUUAGGUGUUUUAUGUGUUGUAAUAAGUUGUUUUUGUUUUUCAAUCUGGCUCAUAAUUCAGGCUAAGAUCAGUGAAAUAUAUCCAUGUCCUCAAUCAAGCAUAGCUUUGAUGUCAGUAAUAGGAACAAUACAAUGUUUUAUUUUAGGUUUCAUUGUUGAGAGGGAUUUAAAUCAAUGGAAAUUUGGCUGGGAUAUCAGGCUUCUAACUGUCGCCUUUUCGGGAAUUCUUGGGUCAGGAAUAAUGUAUCUUGUCAUGGCAUGGGUCAUACAGGCAAAGGGCCCUUUAUAUACGGCUGCUUUCAACCCUCUAAUGCUUUUGUUUGUGACUGUUGUAGCAUCUAUGAUUUUGGAUGAGAAGUUAAACUUAGGAAGUAUACUUGGAGGAGUCUUGAUUGUGUGUGGCUUAUACACGGUGCUAUGGGGUAAAGGUAAAGAAACACAAAAGAAGAUUAUUCAUGAGACAUUUGAAACCGCUGGUGAUACUGAAGCAACGACGCCAUUGUUGAGUCCAUGAGCAGCUAGCUCGUUGUAAAAUAUGAUAAUAGCACUCUGAAAUUCCCAUGCUUAAUUGUGGUGGUUGGGAAUAUUUGUUCUCUCUUUAAACAAUAGAAUUUUCACUUAAGAUUUGAAGAAUUUUAACUAUAUGUAUGUUUGUAUUAUAGUUAUUUUCUUUGAUUGUGGUUCAAAA